AUGGCAGAUCUCCCUCCAGGACUUGCCUUUGAUACGGCCACGAAGAAGCAGCCCACCUCCUUGUCUGCCUUCCAAAUGCUGCCGCCGACGGCAGCAUUGCCGGCGCCGACGCCGGAGGAGGAGGCUGCAAUGCAGGGGAUGAUCUUUGCCAAGCUGGAGCAGGACAUUGCAGAUGCGACGGAGGCAGUGACAGCCAUGAUGGCCAUGACGAAUCCGGCAACUGACGUGCCCGCAAAGUCUUCUUGUGGCUGGGGCAAGAACAAUGAUCCUUCGAGCUUGCUCACGCGAGUGAGACGAGCGCCUGGGCGACAUGUGUCAUUGGAAGUGUUGCGCCAAGAGGCACCUGCAGAGCUCAAGCAGUUCAUGCAGGAUGGAACCAGCUUUGCCAUGUGGUUACGUCAUCGUACAGGCCUGUUGAAGGUGAAUGGCCUUCCAGGGGAAGAAGUUGUUGUCUUUGCUGGGUCUGCUAAGGAGCAGGCAGCGGAGGAAAUCGGACUGGACCCUCAGGCAGAAGAAUUCAAUCCGUUGUAUGGGCUUGACCUUUGCGAGAUGGCAGAGUACAUGGCCUACGAUGAGGCUUGCAAUGACAUGGCAGCCUUCAUGACCUAUUUUGAAGAAGGCCAAAGUGGCACAGAUUUCGUGCUGCCGGACGACUUCACGGAAUCGACUCUGACAGGACUCGAAGGACUCGAUGAGCUUAACUCGGAGGCGCUGUCGGAGCUCCAGGCCAUCGGCCCGCCGCCGGGACUGACACUCGAGCUCGAGGUGGACGGUCCGGCGUACGAGGCCGAGCAAGUGGUGAAGGCCGGAGGCCUCAACCCAAAGGCUGCGGAGUUCCGUCCGACGAAGACCCUGGCGGAUUCCGAGAAGAUGAUACGCUCGCGCCGUGGAAAGACUGGGGUGCCCGAUGCAAUUCCGGAGGAGCCCAUCACGGGCUCGUCCGAGACGGCUUCUGGUGGAGAGGAUCCUGCGACUGCAUACGAGGAAUCCAUUUCGGGCGAGGAUGAGGAUGAGGUGGCUGCAGCCAAAGCUGCUGCUGUGGAGCAGCAUGCUGUGGCAGAAUCUUCUGUGAACUGA